CAAAAAUUGAAGAAUAAAUCAACUUUCACCCAUCACAGUCAUGUAUUUACCACAGCUUCACAGUUCAGUACGGACUAUGUGUUGUAUACACUUUACAUACAGUGUAUUGUAUACAUACGUAACCAUUACACUCACUACGUUGUGUGAGUGAUUAUCAUCAAAUAUCUCGACGUUGCGUUCAUUAAUUUUCGACUAGACUGUAAUAGAAUCCAUCAUUAAAGUACUAAAUAUCCAGUGGUGUGAUUUAGAUAAUAAAUGUUUUCUGCAAAUCUCAUUUCUGUGGGUGAAAAAAGGGAAAUUUUUGGGUAGCUGGCCCCCUACCUCAUACCUGUACUGUACAUUGAAUUGAUUUUGUACACAACCUGUAGUGUAUCAAAACUGUAAAGCUGAUCAAAAUCAAGGAUUCAGGGAAGCUGUACUUUUCCUGUCGAAUUAGUUGCUUGUGCCAAUGAGUCAUCAUGUCUUCUGAGAAGUUUGAAAAUCUAAAUGAUGACUUUCGGACUGUUUAUGAAAAGAUACGACUGACGGUGAAAGACAGAAUUCCGAGAUCGUCAGGAGAGGAGAGGAAGAGGCUCAUAAGAGAUGCAGAAACCCAACUGGAAGAUGCUGGACAGAUUGUUCAAGAAAUGGAAAGCGAGGCCAAACGGGCACCUCCUCGAUAUCGAAUGGACAUGAUGACUACCGUUAGAGAUUGCAAGAAAGAUCUUGAUAGGUUUUCAAGGGAGAUGAGACGGGGUUCAGGUGGAUUUGGUGGAUCAGAUCGUGAUAACUUGUUUGGUGGAGGUUCUGAGUUUGAUGCCAUGGAAACAUCACAGAGAGCUAAAUUAAUGCAAGGAACUGAGUCAUUGAAGAGAUCCACAGCUAGUGUAGGGAGAGCCCAACAGAUAGCAGCAGAGACGGAUCAAAUAGCUGUAGAUGUGAUUGAUGAGUUAGGAAACCAGAGGGAAUCAUUAGAGAGAACUAGGGAUAGGCUUCACGAGACAGAUUCAGGGCUUGUAAGAAGUAGAAAAAUCCUUCGCUCUAUGGCAAGAAAAAUGAUGACCAAUAAAUUAGUCCUGGCCGUGAUUAUCAUCCUAGAGUUUAUCAUCCUUGGCGGUGUUGUGUACUGGAAAUUCUUCAGUUGAGGAAAUGAGACCAUUUCAAUUGAACUAUGCAUUGUCAUUUAUCAAGAAUUCAGCUGAUUAGGUUAUUUUUGUGGAAGACAAUGAGUGCUGUAUGAUUGCUGGCACUGUAAAUGUGCUAAAUUCAAAUGGCUUGAAAUGGCACAAAGUGCUUUUUGUGCACACUUCAUCAACAUGAGAUACAUGUACAUGUCGGGGCGGAUUCAGGAGUUCAAAAAAGAGGGGUGCCUUUCUUUUUUACAUCAAUUUCCAAAAGUCCAUGAUAAUUGUCAAAUAACUACAACAAAAAUGGGGGCACACCCCAUGCAACCCUGCCUGUAUAUGCAUGAUAAUGAAUCAUUUGUGAUUUUAAAAUACCUGUGAUUAGUUUGUAUGGAAUCAAAUGAUGUGAACCAAAGUGAAUGAUUGGUUUCAAGGUGUUUCAACAAAAUUGGAUGAAGUAAUGAGUUUUUGGUUGUAAAUAGCAAUGAGUUUACAGAUUUGUUGUAAAAUUCCACAUCAUGUAGGAUACUUCAUUUGCCUUGGAUUAAUUUGUUGCUGGGACCAACUAGAUACAUGUUUAUUCUGUAGAUUUGAUGAGUUUUGUUCUUCCAUUGUAUUAUGUUGUUAAAGUGAUCUUACCCUGGAACAAGCAAAGAGACUUGUUCAAAUUUCCAUUUUAUGUUGCAUUCAGAAUUAAAUUGCUGAACAAUUUAUGUAACUUAUGUAAUUUAUGAUGUCAUUGGUGCUUUUCUCUAGAUAUUUCAGUUCUAUGGUUGAAAUAGAUGAUUUAAGCAGUAGGGGUGGGAAAUGAUAGGAAAAUGCCUAUGAAGUGUGUAGUAACAGUCCGAAGAUUUUUUGUAUUUAUUUUUUAAUGAAUACAUAAAGAAAAUACAUGACUAUUGUCUUCUUGUACUGGAAACUGAUAAUAUGUUUCUCCCAGUAUUUAUAUGUAAACUUAAAUCUUGACGGUAUAUUUGAUGAAAUACGCAUUGUUGUCAUGUUCAGGUAAUGGCUGAAAGCAGUCUGUUGUAUAUUUUUUACAUGCUAUUCACAUCAAUACAAUCAAGUAUGGAUUAAAGAUUGAUCUUUACUUCAUUACUUGAUACAAUAGACAAAAUAGGAAUACAAUUCAUGCUUCA